AUGCGCCUCUCUGCUGCCUCCGGCCUCCCCGGGGCCGGCGCUGGCCCAUGGGUGUGCCCUGAGGCUUUCUCUUGGUGUCUGUCCUAUCCAGAGUCCGAGUGCCGGGGGGACCCUGUCCGGGACUUUCACCAGGUCCAGAGGGGCUAUGCCAUCUGCCAGACCACGCGCCCGCUGUCGUGGGUGGAGUGCCGGGGCUCAUGCCCAGGUCAGGGCUGCUGCCAGGGCCUGCGGCUGAAGCGGAGGAAGUUCACCUUUGAGUGCAGCGACGGGACCUCUUUUGCCGAGGAGGUGGAGAAGCCCACCAAGUGUGGCUGUGCCCUCUGCGAGUAGCGCCAGGCUAG